GUGUUAAGAUGGCUGGGCGACAGAACCUGCGAGCCAACAUUUUCAAGCUGGUACACGACUGGCUGCGCGAUUGCAAGGACCCGUGGUUGCUCAUCCUCGACAACGUAGACGAUGCGCGCUUCCUUCUACAUGUCCAGGCUGACGGCCAAGGGCAGCAGCCUACUGACGACUCGAGAACCGCUUCCCGACCGCUGCGCGAGUAUCUCCCCCACUGCGAGCGCGGCUCGAUCAUCGUAACGACACGGAACAUGGAUGCAGCAUUGAAGCUGGUUGAGCGGCGCGACGUCAUCACUGUGGAGCCGAUGGACGAGGCGCAGGCGCAGGCGCUGUUUAAGAAGAAGCUAGGAGUACAGGGAGAUGACAGUGAUAUUGCCAAGCUUGUAGCGGCGCUUGAGUACAUGCCGCUAGCUAUUGUGCAAGCGGCGGCAUACAUCUCGGAGGAAGCGCCUCGAUGCUCGGUGGUAAAAUACCUCGAUGAGUUUAGCAGGAGCGAGCGCAAGCGAACGAGCCUUCUCAACCAUGACAAGGGCCAACUCCGGCGAGACUGGGAGGCGAAAAGUUGCAUUAUCGUCACAUGGCAAAUUUCGUUCGAGCAUAUACUGCAGACACGGCCGUCAGCAGCGGACCUGCUCUCGUUGAUGAGCUUCUUCGACCGGCAGGGGAUCCCCGAGAGUGUGCUGCGGAGUCGAGCCGUGCAGCGAGGCGCUCAGCUCAAUCGGCAGGACCAAACGGAGGAAGAUAUAGACAGCCACGAAGAAGAUGAUACAUCGCAGUCUAGCACAAGCGAGGACGAAUUAAGCGAGGACGAGUUUGAAGAGGAUGUGGUGGCGCUGCGAAACUUCUGCCUUAUCUCUGUCAACAUUGAUGGGACAAGCUUUGAGAUGCACGCACUAGUGCAGUUGGCUACACGGAAGUGGCUUGACUCCAACGGCAUGCUCGAGCAGUGGAAGCAGCACUUUAUCAGCAACCUUUGCGCAGCGUUUCCCACAGGACAGUAUGAGAAUUGGGUAGCAUGUCAGGCACUUUUCGCGCACGCCAAGUCGGCUGUAGGGCAGCGGCCAGAAGGAGAAUCGUCACUAGCAGAAUGGGCCACACUGCUGUAUCGUGCAGCAUGGUAUGCAGAGGGGACAGGCAAUAUUCCUGACGCUAAGGAGUUUGCUUUGAAGUCGAUGAAAGUAAGAAGCAGAGUACUAGGCCAAGAGCACGAGGACACGCUGUGGAGUAUGGGGAUGGUAGGAUCAGCAUACAAGCUUGGAGGCCAAUGGGAUGCAGCGGAAGAGCUGGAGGUGCAAGUGAUGGAGACUCGCGAGAAGAAGCUGGGAGCCGACCAUCCUUCCACGCUGACCAGCAUGGCCAAUCUGGCGUCGACUUACCGGAAUCAAGGCCGGUGGGAUGCAGCGGAAGAGCUGUUUGUGCAAGUGAUGGAGACUCGCAAGAAGAAGCUAGGAGCCGAUCAUCCAGACACGCUAACCAGCAUGAAUAAUCUUGCCAUAACAUGGAAAGAACAGGGUAAGGUUGCUGAAGCGCUAUAUCUACUAACAGAGUGUGUUCGACUCUGCCAGCAUGUCUUCAAGCCUAACCAUCCCCACUUAAGGUCUUCUUUAGCUACUUUAGAGCGAUGGAAGGCAGAGCAUCUACAUAGCGUCGCAAUUAGAGAACGUGCCACCGAAGCUAGGCUGGGUAUAAGUUAAUUAGUCCUAUAUAUUUACUAGGUCACUGUCGCUAUCAAACGUAGAGCACGUGUUGAAUUUGUCGUUAUAUAGACUAGCCGAGGCAGGACUAUUAACGCUUUGCGAAUGAAAAAC